CAUCUUCUGAAGGUUGCUGGCGAUCUACACACACACCACUUGUCAAUUUCACAAAAAAUCUCCCAACUCAAACGAAAGCAAAUUGAAUUGAAUCAUCGCGUUCUCAAGCUUCUGGCUAAACAGACGGUAGCACGGCGUGCCGGUUUUGCCAUAAGUGCUGAUGAGGAGGCUCUUCGCAGUGCUUUGGAACAUAUAUGGACGGAGCUCACCUCUCCCCGGGGUCUGCGGGCUCGCAUCCAACAACUGCUGCCAACCCUGCGCGCCAGUAAUACAGGAGACUCUAAACUACCUGCCUCUACCUCAGCAGUAGAUGUCGGGGACAAAAAAUCGACGUCUGACCUGUCCUCCUCCUUAAUGACAGCGGCCUGGUGGCAGAAGCCGGAGAUCGUGGAGGACCUCAAAGAGGUUGUUUAUUCGCUUUUUUCCCACUCAUCCGAAUCCCCACUCCUCAUGCUGUUAUCACCUUCAGUCUUGUAA